CUUCAGCCGUUUGCAGCUGAUUGUAAAACUUACGAUAUUGUACCAUAUGUAGCGGCUAUACAUGCGUGUCAAAUUUAUGCACUUGAUGCGACAAGAAACAUGCGUUGGGUAUUUACUGGUGGUGAUGAUGGUUUUGUAAGGAAAUACGAUUUUUUUGCUUCAAUGGGAGGCAAAACGUUAUUAACGCAAAAUCAAAAACAUACUCAAGUGGAAUCUGUUCAAAAGGCAGGUGUAAUCCCUUCAUAUUGGGAAAAUGAAGAGCAACCAUUACCACCUGCAACUCCUAAGCCUGUUCAAGAACUAAAAAUGUCACCAGUUUAUAGCCUAGCGGUUCAAUCUGAAGCCAUUUGGCUUUUAACGGGAAUGGAGAGCGGCGCAAUUAAUUUAUUCACUGUCAGACAUGAAGAAGGAAAAUGCCAUCAUGUCUUACGACAACAUAAAGCUCCAGUAUCUGUUUUAAAAAUAACACAAGAUGAAACUGGAUGUGUGAGUGGUUCUUGGGAUAAAACAGUAUUACAUUGGGACCUUAACACUGGUCAAGUCGUACGCGAGUUUUCUGGUCAUAGUUCGCAAAUUAGUUCCAUAUCAUUUCAUAUGCUAACGCAUUCCAACGACGUGUUGCUUACAACAAGUAUUGAUGGUAAUUGUUUUGUAUGGGAUAAAAGGGCAAUGAACUCUAUUCCAAGAAAAAUGCCACCGCCUGAGAGAACUCCUCCGUGGUGUUUAUCGGCAUGUUGGAGUGCGGAUGGUAAUAAAAUCUAUUGUGCUAGACGUAAUGGCACUGUUGAUGAGUGGGAUUUUGUAUCCGGAAAAUUUAUUCGUUCGUUUAAAAUGCCAAGUGGAUCGGGUCCAGUGUCUUAUGUAUCAAGUAUGCCCAAUGGAAAACAUAUUAUUUGCGCUUCUACAGAUAAUAUAAGACUGUGGAAUGUUAUGGAUGAUUAUGAAUUAUCUAAAUCGGCUGUACCGUUCUUAAUUGUACCUGGACAUCAUGGAGGAACAAUUUCUCAAAUAUUAAUUGAUCACGAUUGUCGCUAUAUGAUAACAACUUCCGGUAAUAGAGGUUGGGAAGGAUCAAGUACUGAAACUGCUUUGUUUUAUGAAAUAUUACCAGUCAUUUAA